UUUACAUAUUCAGUUAUGCUGUCUGACGCCUCAUGCAUUUUAAAUAAAAUAAUUUUACUUUAACAGCAUUUUACUGAUGAGGUUUUAUCAUUUGUUUUUGUUUCCUAGCCCAUGGAGCAAAUGAACCUUGUAUCUGUGGCAACACUGUGGUCUGAAAACACCAGUGCGUCUCUGCCAUCCGGUUCAUCAGAGUCUCCGAUCUCUGAAGAAUGGGAGAUGAUCCAUGCAAUCAUCCCUCCGUACAUCUUCACCUUAACCCUGCUAGGCCUCGUUUUUAAUAGCUUUGUCCUGGUGGUGUUCCUCACCCACAGGGAUCGACUGACUGUAGCUGAGAUUUACCUGAGCAACCUGGUCCUGGCUGACUUUAUUCUCCUGUGUGGCCUCCCCUUCUGGGCGAUGAACAUCCUCAAUCACUUUAACUGGCCCUACGGAGAUGCCUUAUGCAAAAUGGUCAACUCUGUCAUCAUUAUCAAUUUUUACACCAGCGUCUACACUCUGGUCAUGAUUAGUGUUGACCGCUACCUGGUAGUUGUGAAGACCAUGAAGGCCAGGUUGCUGAGACGGACACUUUAUGCCAGGGUGAUCUGCUUCAUCCUGUGGAUGUUAGGCCUUAUACUGAGCACGCCCACCAUGGUUCACAGAAAGGUGAAGUUCAUCGAGGAGUUCAAGACCAUGUCCUGUAUAUUGGAUUACAAUCAUAACAGCGCUUGGAAGUUGGCCCAUCAGAUUCUGAUGAACAUAGUGGGCUUUGUACUCCCUGUUCUGGUCAUUGUUUACAGCAGUGUGAACAUAAUCAAGGCUUUAGCUCAGAGGAGGGAGAGUGUAGGUUUCCAUGACAAUAAUGACACAAAGGCCACAGUACUUGUGUAUGCCGUCACACUAUUAUUCUUACUGUGUUGGGGUCCGUUUCAGGUGUUCACUUUCCUUGACACACUGUGUGAUGUCCAAGUGUUGAAUGAGAUGCUGUGGUCCCACAUUCUCGACAUAGGGGGGCAGGUUUCAGUGUAUCUUGCCUUUCUCAACAGUGUCCUGAACCCACUGCUGUAUGUCUUCUCAGGGCAGUACUUUAGGAGGAAAGUUAGCGCCAUCUAUAGGAGGACCAGACAUUAUCGCAGAGGAUCAGAUAUGACCACAAAUCAAUGCUCGGUUGCAUCCACUUACAUUAACAGAACAGAGCAAAUUAAGAUUGUGGUGAUUCUUAAUGCAAAGGAUCUGAUGUGACUCUUCAUAACAUCCUGUCCCCCACUUCUGUUACUGCUUAUGGAAAAAGAGAUGUAAUAUACAGGAUAUGAGUCUCAAAUUGUUAUUUCAUGAGACUUAACACAAUAAUAAUGCUGUUAUAUGGUUAAACAGCACUAUCAGAUGAUGUGUAAUAAUGCGCUUUGCAGAAAUAAUUGACCUGUGGAGAUAAUGGACAUAAUCUGUAGAAGAAAUGGAAGCAGAUUUUAUGGCCCACAAAAGACAAUAAUUGUCUUGAUCUGCAGAUACGCACUAGGCAUCUGAAUCUGUCUCUUUGAACUGUAACAUAGCUAUACUGUUACUGGACUUGAUGUGAUGUUUUAAAACCAUCCAUUUCUGAAAUGCUAACUAGUUCAAUUGUUUCUCUUAACUCUUUAAAGAAGUUUAUACUCUGCAAGCUAUCAUGAGAAAAUGACCACCUAUGUCCAUGUAUUUACAUUUACAUUCAGUAUUCUGAUUUAGAGUAUAUCUUGGCAUGUAAACAAAGAUUUGUUUAAUACUGACACUGUUUGCUAGUUUCUCUUUAGUCUGGACAGUCAUUACUUAAUCUACUUUUGUGU